AAAAUAAAUUCACAUCUACGUGUCAAACUCGAGCUAAGGAAACUAAACUGCUAAAUUUUGACGGCUUCCAGUUGUCUGUCAGGUGAACUCUCAACAGGUGUAAAGAUGUCUGAUCCCAGCAAGCAGGACAUAUUGGCGAUAUUUAAGCGUUUGCGAUCAACACCAACAAAUAAGGCGUGCUUUGACUGUUCAACCAAGAACCCCAGCUGGGCGAGCAUCACCUAUGGAGUGUUCCUGUGCAUUGACUGCUCUGGGACCCACCGCUCAUUGGGCGUACACCUGACCUUCAUCAGGUCUACAGAGUUGGACUCCAACUGGUCGUGGUUCCAGCUACGCUGCAUGCAGGUGGGGGGCAAUGCCAAUGCGAUGGCUUUUUUCAGUCAACAUGGCUGUAUAGUAAGCGCUGCCAAUACUAAAUACAACAGCAGAGCUGCCCUGCUCUACAGGGAGAAGAUCAAGACUCUGGCAACUCAGGCCACCCGAAAGCACGGCACAGAGCUUUGGCUGGACAGUCAGGCACCACCCUCUCCAUCGCCCGAAGACAAGCAGGUGGACUUUUUCAGCCAACACACACAGGUGGCCCCUAAUGAACCCGUCUCCGUGGAGAUGAACUUUGGUCCGUCAGCUGAGGAGUCUUCAUCGUCCAAGGAAAAGAAUAACAACGAAGAAGGACCCAGUGUUGACUUGCUUAGUGACUCUCCUAAAACUGCCUCAGAAACAAGCUCUUUUAUGAAGAAGAAACCAGCCACUGCAAAGAAAACGCUUGGCUCUAAGAAGGGGGGAAUGGGUGCCCAGAAAGUGAGCAGCCAGAGUUUCUCAGCGCUAGAGAAGAGAGCCCAAGCCGUGGACAAACUCCGAGAGGACACCAACACCAACACCAACACCAGCACCAAACCUACUGCCGAGCAAGAGGAAACCACAGUGUCCUCAUUGAGGCUGGCCUACCAGGACCUGGAGAUGCAGAGAAAGAGAGGUGAUGAGAAGCUGAAGGGUUUGGAGGGAAAUAAGAAAGAACAAUCAGAGAGACUGGGCAUGGGCCGCAGUAGUGCCAGAAGUGGGGUGUCCCACUCUGUGCUGUCCGACAUGCAGACCAUCAAGCAGGAGAGCCCAGCAGACCUCCGACGCCCUCGCCUCAGCAAGUUUGAGGAUGACGAGCGGGAGGACAACGACGCCUUCUCCUCCAAGAUGUCAUCCAAAUACCUCGAUGACAAGGCAGAUUCCUCAGACGGCUUCUUCUCCCAGUGGAACAAAGGUUCUGGAGAGGCCUCCAGGAAGAACGACUCCCAGAAGCCGGAUCCAGACUUCUACAUCAGCUCAAAGACUGAUCAAAGGUCCACUUCCCGAAGGAAACAUGACGCAGGCCCCAGCCCCUCCUCGGACGAGGCGCAGAGGAAGUUUGGGGAGGCGAAGGCCAUCUCCUCUGAUAUGUACUUUGGAAAACAAGACGAUUCAGAGUAUGAGGCAAGAACUCGUCUGGAGAGAUUUUCGGGCAACUCUUCCAUUAGCUCUGCAGACUUGUUUGACGAGCAGAAGAAACCCAACGCAACAGGAUAUAGUCUGACCAAUGUCUUGCCUAGCGCCCCAGACAUGGCGCAGCUAAAGCAGGGAGUCCGUUCUGUAGCUGGCCGCCUGUCUGUCAUGGCCAGCGGAGUGGUGACCACCAUUCAGGAUCGCUACAGCACAUGAGUCUGGAGGGUGCCUGUGAAACUGAGAGAAAUUGACCACGUGGAGCUGUGUGUGACUGCCAGUCAGCAUGGGAUAUCGGUUUUGACCCACACACACGGAGCGUGUGCGAUGCGUCGAUGUAGCGUUAUGAAGUAGAUAGAUAUUCCAUCUGCCACAGAGCUGGAGAAAUACCUCUGUGAGUUCUGUAUCGAAAGCCAAAGCUUAUGUGUAUAACCAAAAGAGUGAAGGAGUUUUGUUUUCUUUUAUACUUCUUACAUGGGUUAUCUUUUUUGGGCACUUCCUUUUUAUGACAUAUGACAUAUUGCAUAUUUUUCGAUUUGGGAUUCAAUGAUUUGGUUGUUGUUGUUUUUGUUUGCUGAUAUUCAUUGACUUUGUGGUUUGUGGAGAGUGUGUCGCUCUUGACUUGAUUUGGUGAGAUUGCUUUGGGAAACCUCACCUCUGGAUUUCCUCUAAGUCUUGAAGAACACUGAAAGUUACCUAAAGGCCUUAUCUAGAUGUCAAAUUGAAUGCUUCAAAAAAAUGUUGUAUAGUUGAUCCAUAUAGUCUUGGUUUGGUUUAUCGCAUUCUAUGUAUCGGCUUGUCAGUUUAAUUACUUUAAAAGUCCAGCAAAAUACUUAUUAGGACAUAUAUAGAGGUCACAGAUAGCUGUUCAUUUGUAUAAAGAGAGCUCUCUGUUCUGAAGGACGAAACAAAACUCUAAAGUAUUCCCAUCCAAUAUGCUGUUAAUUGUAGUGAUACACACUAUUAACACGUGUCAUGUUUGUUAUCUUUAUAUUCAUUGUAAAGGUUUCAUGAAGGUUAGGGCUCAUUUUAGUGUAAUGACCCUUGACAUGCAUUUUGAGUUCAGUAAGAAUUUCCAGUCUGCCAACACUGUUAAAAGGAAGCUGAAGUUGUUUGCUUGCUACAAUUCUUGGUUGAUGUUAUGUCCUUUUAUGGAUAGGCUGUUAUAGCUGUGAUUAUUUUGAACACUUUGCUCAUUUUGUAAACUUCUUGUUUGAAUGAACCAUCCAACAUCUGUCACGACAAGUUGUGUUGGGAAUUCAGUUAAAAAUUCCUGUACAGUGGGCAAUGUUAGUAAAGCAUAAAUCAGUUAAUGUAAUGUAAUUUAAAGGCUGCUUCCAUCCACAUACUUUAAUUACAUCUUAGGAUAAGGAUCAUGAGGCCAUUCAGAUGCUGAUAUUUUGUAAUCAAGUGCAGCUGGAAUAGACUCUUGCUGUUUUACACUGAAGAAAUGGGAAUCCUCCAGUUUACUAAAGUAUGUAGAUUAGCACAGUGGGCUACCGUUUAUAAACAGUGUAAAGGCAGGGUUGUUGGUGUUUAAGAGUGAUGCGUGGAAAGAUAUAUAUAAUGAAAUGAAGUUUGAUAUUGCCAGUUACGAUGGAUUUUAUAGAGGGGGAGAUUGAUAAUGUUUAUUUUGCUUUUUGCACUUGUUGGAGGAAAAGGUUUAUAUAAGGCAGACUGCACAUUGCUAUUCUGUGUAUUUUCUACUCUGUAUAAAUGCUUAAUAAACUACCUAGCUGUAAACUCAAA